GCAGAAGUGGCAAACUAUGAUAAAAGCGUACUAGGUGGAAAUGAGAAGUCGUAAGAGAAUUUGUGAAAAUUCGAAUCCUGCAAAUUUUCAUGCAAAAAUUUAUAAAGUAAGGACUAAAGGUGCGAAAGAAUUAUGUUAAAUACAAGUUGUUUGAUGAAAUAUUGAAAAAAAAAUUAUAAAAGAAAAAUAUAACCAAAAAGUGAAGAAGCCGCAGUAAAUUUUUCGACGGCUGAAAAUUGCGACAAUGAAGAAGCUGUGAAUCGUAGCAAACUGUCGUAAGAAAAUUUAAAGAUUUAUUCCAAAUCAACUGUGAAGCACCUGAGCAAUAAAAUAUAAAGAAGUCAUAUCAUAUUUAAAUGAAAUCAACAAUUGAGAUGUGAAAAAAAUUGUUUUUUCAACAAAAAGCCGAAAAAUUAUAAGAAAAAAGACGUGCUGCUGUUUAAUAAAAGUGAAACGUCAGAGCGUGUGUGAAGUGAAAAAACGCUGCAAAGUGAAGCUCGACAAAUAGUACGGCAAAUGCUUUAAGCUUACUGAAGGAUUGAUUAUUUAAUUGCAAAGAUAUAAAAAAUUUUAGCGCCUACCUAGCAGUAGGAACCAUCUAACUCAAUAAUAAAACGCUUAUUUGAAGGAAUUUUACAAAAUAGGCUAGCAGCCGCUUGGUGGUUUGGUAAAUUCGCAAAGGAUCACUUGUAAAAUUGCACAAACGAAUAAAAUAUAAGACAGCUGUCUAAUUCUGCUCCCAAAUUUGAUCUAUGAUUUUUGGGCAUAACAAUAAUGCAAAUCACCUAACAGCAGAUGAAUAAACAUUAUAUUACAACUAUAAUUUGCCUGUUCACUGUAAAAGGAUUAAGUGUUUUCAACAAAGAUGCGCUCGACAACGUGAAAUCCUCAACAUAUUAUCAAGAACUUAGCUCCGUAGUUCAGUAGGAUUUCGCGCAACUGCAGCUGCCAAAGCAGCACAGUUCGUUGGACAGGACUUGGUUCGUCAAAGGUUAGGUCGCGCGCAAGGAGAAUGUUUAGACCAAUCAAAAACUUCAUAAAUUAUAUACAGAAGAAUGCAAGUGGCAGUGCGAUAUUUGGUAGCACAACGACAAUAGCUGAUAGCGAAACCGAACCAGGUGCCGAAGAGAUUGGCACCGAAGCAAGAAAAAGUAUACGCAUCGAAAGUGAAGCGACACGAGCGCAAAGUGCAAAAGACAGUCGUGUAGUGGAGAAAACAGUGUUUUCUAAACAUAUUAGUGAACAAAUAGCCAACAAAAAAAUGAAGCGCAUAGAAGUGAAUAAAUUAAAUGUUGUUGAAUGUAAGAGCGCCACUGUAGAAGUGAUUAACGGUAAUGAGUCGAAUGGCAUUGCAGUUUAUGGUGGCGACGACUGCAAUGCCGACGAUGACAUCGAAUUGCAGAUAAAGAGCAGCGUAAUGCUGCGACCGCCAAUAAAACGCGCCGCUACGUUGGUGGAAAAUCUAACGGAUGAGGUCGAUGGCGAUUUGGAGGACGUGCAAUCGCAAGAUUCUUUACAUGAUUACAAUGAUGCCAUCGGUAUUGAUUCACAAGAUGAAUUUGAGUAUCAGCAAGAAGCGGCGGAGGUAGUGUCUAUGCUCAGCGAAGAUGGAGUAGCCGCCGUUGCGGGAGAGGAUACAGCUGAUGAGUUUAUCACUGAGGAAGAGGAUGCUGGAGAUAUAUUUCUCGAAUUACCAAGUGAUCAAGAGCAACGUUUCGAAGACAGCGAGAUUAUCGUGCUAAACGAUGGCGACAUAAACUCUUCUACCGUGUCCGAUACGGCUUCAGAGGAUCCACUGGCCAUCGAUGACUUCACACAACCAACGCUUUCGGUUAUAUCGAAUCCUUUGGAAUCUUCUACUCAAGAUGAGGCAUCCACAAGCGCCGAUUUACUAUGGAUUACUAUAGACGACCUAAAGACAAAUACUACAACGCCAAAUGCAGAAAAAGACUUACCAAGUGAGACCCGUACAAUUACGCCUACAAGUACACCACAGCGCCUGCUACCCACCACCACAACGACGUGUAAGGAGAAACGCAACAGCGCACUCGCUGCCAGUACGAGUGCGACAAAACUAAGCAACCAACGUGAUGAAAACGCCGAAGAGAUACGUAGCGAUGGCUCCGAUUCGGGACUGGGCAGCGAAACGUCGACGCUACAGACUACGUUGAACAGUUUGGCCGACACCAGCCAGUUGACGGCGCCCAACGAUAGGAGUGCCGCCAAUACGCCCACAGUUAACAAAUCCAAAGUAAUUACAAAUAACGGUCCUGGCAGCAGCGGUACCAACGUGACAUUUACCGACGAUGCGCCUUCCAGUUCCAACGCUGUUGUGCCUGUUGCUGUUAGCGCGGCCUUGCCACCGCUAACGGCGUUAACGAAACCGUUGCGUUCGAAUUUGAAACGACGUCUCGAGGAGGACGAUGUGCUUAUCGAUGCGACACCGGACACACAGCUGGCAACCAUUGGCGUCGGUACACAAGUGAAGAAGCUGAAGCGUUCCAUUAACUUCGAGAAUGUGCAAGUUUACUAUUUUCCACGGCAACAAGGUUUCGGCUGUGUGCCCUCGGCUGGCGGUUGUACGCUGGGCAUGGGCGCACGCCAUAUUGGCUUCAAAACGCUUACACUAGCCGAACAUGCUGCUGAGUUGCGGCGUGCGCAUCGCUUGCAGCUGCAGGAGAUCAAUCCGCGUGGCUCGUCGAGCGAUGAUAGCGAAGAGUCCGAAGAGGACUACUUGAGUGAGGGUAGCGGUUCCGAUUUGGAUGCCGAAUCGAACGGCUUUCUGCAACCGGUAUCGCCGAAGCAGCGGCGUGCCUUACUCAAAGCGGCUGGUGUGCGCAAAAUCGAUGCUGCCGAGAAGAUCGAAUGUCGCGACAUACGCAACUCACGUGAGGUGUGCGGCUGUGCAUGUGUGGAAUUCUGUGACCCCGAAACGUGUGCCUGCAGUCAGGCGGGCAUCAAAUGUCAGGUUGAUCGCGCCAUGUUUCCCUGCGGUUGCACGCGUGACGCCUGUCUCAACACAGUGGGACGCGUCGAAUUCAAUCCGACGCGCGUACGCACACACUUCAUCCACACAAUCAUGCGUCUGGAAAUGGAGAAUCGCCAACAACAGAAUCCACCGCUCUGCAGCACAAUGAGCAGCUAUAGCUUGUCAGCCGCCUGCGCCACCACGGCCGCUGUCGUGGGUUCACACACCGGCGCCCUACCGGCGACGCCAACAUACGCCAACACGCUACCGGGCAGCUAUUAUGCCAUGCAAACACAAUCAAAUUAUAGUUCGGGUUACGCAUCGCCCGCCUAUCCAAAUGAACCGGCAGCCAAUUACUAUCAACAACAAAGCGCCAGCACCAGCACAGCCACCCAUUAUGGUGCCGUUAGCACUAACGAUUUGCAAACUACGUCAGCACAACAACAAAGUUUUCAAUUAGACACCUUGGAUGCGGGUCUAUUCGCGGACAGCGCGUCGUCGGCCACACCAGCGUAUGGCGAAAUGAUGCCCGCUUAUAGCAGUGCGGUUGGGGUGUCGGCCAGCACAGCCACCGUCAGCGCUUAUCAUCAGAAUGUGAACUAUUCAACACAGGUCUCCACCUACACUGCCUAUCAGCAAACAACAAGCGCUGGAGCUUAUCUACCGACGCACGAAAGCGUUACAGCAACAGCACAAACAGCGCUGACGCCACCAACAACAUACAGCUCAUGCGCGGUACCAUCGCUGCCACCUUACGGCACCGCCACCACAACCGCAGCAACAGCAGAAUAUCAAGACACCAGCAGUUGCUAUGCGCUUGUCGAUACCACAGCGCCCAGCUGCAUCAGCAUGGAGGAUAGCGGCGGCAGCAGUGAAGUCGCUAGCGACGCAGAAGUCAUUGCCAGCGCCAGUAAUCAUAUUAGCAGCGUUGCUAGUGGCAAUACCAGCAGCGGUGCCAACAGCACAAUCAUUAACGCCACUACCACCAACAACAACAAUGUUAAUAGCACUUCCUGCAACAAAACCGCAAUUGGCAAUACGCAUAGCUCCCUCCCUAAUGAUGAUGAUGGUGGAGUUGAUGAGGAGUGCAAAAGUCUCAGCAAAGCCACGGAUAGUGGUGGUGACAGCAAUUUCAUACAACUCAGCACACCAAUUUCGAGUGCCACACGUUUAUCACAAAUCAAUGAUCUGCUACAACACAAUCGCCAUACAACCGCCACGCUGGUCUCCGUCUCGCACACGACUUGUUUGAGCGCCGACGGCGGCAGCAGCAGCAGCACGGUUGUGAGCAGCCGCAGCGUCACCACCGAUUGUGAUUACAGCGACAGCAACAGUGAAGAUGCCGUUAAAUGCGAGGCAUACGAUGAAGUGAAGGUGGAGAAUAAAAUGGUGAAUGGCGAUAUUGCAAACGCAACAGCAGCAGCCACGCAUGCAAAUGAAUCGACGAAAAAUUGCGCAAUAAGUGAUACAGUCCAACCAGCAGUGGCGGCAGAUAAAGCGGAAAUGGAGGUAGCACAAAAUCUGGCAAAUACGAACCAAAAUGCCACGGAAGAGACAGAAAAAAUGUUGAGUGUUGAAGUUGAUAGCAUUGCUACGGCUAGCGAGUCUACAGUGGAAUGUACUAAAAGCUCACUGAGUCAUGUAGAAGCCUUGAAUCGUACUGAUAGCGACGCUGCAACGCCUGCCGACAGCAAUGCUGUUGUAGCAACUGCAGUCACCGCUGCAAUGGCGGUUGCAAGCACACUCAAUUUGGUCAGCAAUUAAAUGGAGGGAGGAAGGAAGUGUCGCCUUUUUUUCAUUUUCUAUAAGCAACAACAAUCAGCUACUUUGCAUACACACAACAACAACAACACACAGGCGUACGCUUUCUACGCCACAGUUUGCAAUUUUUUAAGACAAGACUUGAUUUUUAUUAGAACCUAUAGCACAGUGGCAAGCGUAAAACCAACAGUAUGAUAUGAGCAGCAAACGACGAUUGGAGGGCGUAUGAAACGAAAGCAAAGCAAAACAAAAAAUAAAAAAAAUUAUAAAAAUAAAUGAGUGAAGUGAAGUGAAUUACCACGCAAUUAAACAUUAAAAUUAAUAUAAAAUAUAUAUGAAAAAAAAAAAAAUAUAUUAAACAAAAAUGCAAAAACAAUUAUAACUAUAAGCCCCCAGCUGAUUAGCAGCCGAAAUGAA